GCGAUCAGGGCUUGAGGAGACCGCGCCAUGAAGUGCGUGUUUGUUACCGUAGGGACCACCAGCUUUGACGACUUAAUUGCGUGUGUGUCGGCGCCCGACAGUCUGCAAGUGAGUGAGGGAGGCGAGCAGGCCGCGGCUUGGCUCGCCACCCGCCGUCUCCGGCCUUACUAAGCCAGCCGCGGUAGCCUUGCCUGACCGUCACGCUCAGAAAGAAACCCCGGCAACUCUACCACAGGUACAAGGAUUCCUUGAAAGAAGACAUCGGGAAAGCAGAUCUUGUUAUUAGUCACGCAGGUGCAGGAAGCUGUUUGGAGGCUCUGGAAAAAGGAAAGCCACUCGUAGUGGUCAUAAAUGAAAAGUUGAUGAACAAUCAUCAGCUGGAACUGGCAAAGCAGCUACACAAAGAGGGUCAUCUCUUUUAUUGUACCUGCAGCACGCUUCCUGGGCUGUUACAGUCAAUGGACUUAUCAACACUGAAAUGUUAUCCUCCUGGCCAGCCAGAAAAAUUUUCUGCAUUUUUGGAUAAAGUUGUUGGAUUACAAAAAUAAACACUAAACUCUCAACACUUUAAAAGCAACCCCCAAAUUCAACCUAUGGAAUGUGAUUAAAUCAAAUUAAAUAUAUAAUAUAUAUUUACAAAAUAAUACAAUUAAUAAACUUCCUACAUCUGUAGAAUGUAUAGGAAAUUUUAUGGUGUGCACAUUUGCAUUGGGUCCAAAUCCUAAUUGCAGUUUAGUAAACUUUCUAGAUUUUUUCUAAUAUUCAGUAUGUAGUGAGCAUUCACAGAUUUUCUCCUAGAAUCUCAAGUGGAAUUGGAAUCAUGAAAAUGAAUGAGAUUUGAAAACUUUCACAAAGAUUAUAAACGUAGUUUGAUGUUCCUUAGAAUAAAAAAUGAAACAGUAACAACUUUUAAAAAAUUUUACAUAAGAGUCAGCAUCUUUAGCUUUAUAAUCUAAGGAACCAAAUUUAAAAAAUGAUGGAUUACGCUCUGUGAAAUGAAAAGUUCAGUCAUUGCCUAAAAAAGACUAUCAAGUUAGUUGAUCUCUUGUACUUGGAAAAGCUACUUUUUUCCUAAAGAACACAGUGGAGUGGAUAUGUUCACUUUUUUUUUCUAAAACAUAUAUACAAAGUGUUAAAAGAAUCGUGCCUAAUGUCACAACUUUACUGGUUUGAGAAGAACAUUCAAAAAGGAUUUAUACCAAUAGGACUUACUAUUGUUUUUUAAGGAUCCUCUCUCACAGUGGUAAUGAAACAUUAACUGUAACAAAUUUAUAAUUUAUGUGCUUAUGAAAUUAGUUUUAUGAAUGAACAAUAAACUGAUGCAUAUAAUGGCUUAAAUAUAUGGUUUUAAAAUUGACUUAACUUGAGCAAGAUACAUUAUGAAGUUCUUUGAUCAGAGUGUGUGGUCUCAAGACCUUUACAAUAGAUUAUCCUUAAGUGUCCACAGCUCUCUGGUACAGUGUUUAGAUAUAGUUUAUCUAUCAAAAUAGAACAUUCACUAUAAAGACCUCCUUUCCAUUCCAGUCAUAUUAUCCCAAAAUGCUAAAUGUUCCAAACAUUUUAUUUGGAAUGCAUUUUAUGUUUUUAUAGGUUUGUUUUUCUGAUUGUGUUUUAUUUAGGCUAAUAUUUAAAAAAUGUAUACUAGUGGUAGAAGGUGGUGACAAAGAAAUACUCUGGGUAGCAGGAGGAAGCCAACUUGGAUUAAAAUUUUGCUGAGAAUAAUCUAAAAAUUGUUUUGCAGCCAGGUCCAUCAUUUGGAAAUCAGGAAGGCUUGUGUCUCAUAUAUGAGGGAAAAUCAACAAACUUUUGAGUCUUAUGUGGAGGGAUCUUUUGAGAAAUACCUGGAACGGUUGGGAGAUCCCAAGGAAAGUGCUGGCCAGCUGGAAAUAAGAGCUCUUUCUCUAAUUUAUAAUCGGGAUUUCAUUCUUUAUCGCUUUCCUGGAAAACCUCCAACUUAUGUCACAGAUAAUGGCUAUGAAGACAAGAUUCUACUCUGCUAUUCAAGUAGUGGUCACUAUGAUUCUGUGUACUCAAAACAAUUUCAGUCAAGUGCAGCUGUUUGUCAGGCUGUAUUGUACGAAAUUCUCUAUAAAGAUGUGUUUGUUGUGGAUGAAGAAGAGUUGAAAACUGCGAUUAAAUUGUUUCGAAGUGGUUCUAAGAAGAACAGAAAUAAUGCUGUGACUGGAAACGAGGAUGCCCAUACUGAUUACAAGAGUUCAAAUCAGAAUAGGAUGGAAGAGUGGGGUGCCUGCUACAAUGCUGAAAAUAUACCAGAGAGCUACAAUAAAGGAACAGAAGAAACAAAGUCUCCAGAAAAUCCAUCAAAGAUGCCCUUCCCCUAUAAGGUGCUCAAAGCCCUGGAUCCGGAAAUCUAUCGUAAUGUAGAGUUUGAUGUUUGGUUGGACAGCAGAAAAGAACUUCAAAAAUCUGAUUACAUGGAGUAUGCUGGGAGACAGUACUAUUUGGGAGACAAGUGUCAGGUUUGUUUGGAAUCAGAUGGAAGAUAUUAUAAUGCUCAUAUCCAGGAAGUUGGAAUUGAGAACAAUUCAGUAACAGUCUUCAUUGAAGAAUUGGCAGAAAAGCAUGUUGUUCCAUUGGCUAACUUAAAACCAGUUACCCAAGUGAUGCCUGCUCCUGCCUGGAAUGCUAUGCCCGGUCGGAAAGGAAGAGGUUAUCAGAAAAUCCCUGGGGGAUAUGUCCCAGAAAUAGUUAUAUCAGAGAUGGACAUAAAGCAACAGAAGAAGAUGUUCAAGAAAAUUCGAGGGAAAGAAGUUUACAUGACUAUGGCUUACGGCAAGGGAGAACCCGUCCUCCCACCCAGGCUACAGCACAGUAUGCGUUAUGGGCAUGAUCCUCCAAUGCACUACUCACAGACAGCUGGCAAUGUUAUGUCUAAUGAACAUUUUCAUCCUCAACAUCCAUCUCCGAGACAAGGUCGAGGAUAUGGGAUGCCCAGGAAUUCAUCUCGGUUUAUAAAUAGGCACAACAUGCCAGGCCCUAAAGUUGAUUUUUACCCAGGCCCAGGUAAAAGGUGCUGCCAGAGCUAUGAUAACUUCUCUUAUAGAUCUCGUUCAUUUAGACGUAGUCACCGCCAGAUGAGUUGUAUGAACAAGGAGUCCCAGUAUGGAUUUGCCCCAGGGAAUGGACAGAUGCCCAGGGGCUUAGAAGAAACGAUUACUUUUUAUGAAGUUGAAGAAGGGGAUGAGACCACUUAUCCAACUUUACCUAAUCAUGGAGGUCCCUCUACAAUGGUUCCUGCUACUUCAGGAUGCUGUGUUGGAAGGUGGGGACAUAGCUCAGGCAAACAGACUUUGAAUUUAGAGGAGGGCAAUGACCAGAGUGAAAAUGGGGGAUAUCAUGAAGAAUAUCUUUAUCGUGCAGAGCCAGACUAUGAAACUUCAGGUGUUUAUAGCACAACUGCAUCUACAGCAAACUUGUCUCUUCAGGACAGAAAAUCAUGUUCUAUGUCUCCUCAGGACACAGUUACCUCGUACAACUACCCCCAGAAGGUGAUGGGAAAUAUUGCAGCAGUUGCAGCUUCCUGUGCCAAUAAUGUUCCAGCUCCAGUCUUAUCUAACGGUGCAGCAGCUAAUCAAGCUGUUGGUACCACUUCAGUUUCCUCACAGAAUGCUAUACAGCCUCUAUUUGUAUCUCCACCUACACACGGCAGGCCAGUGAUUGCCUCACCAUCCUAUCCAUGCCAUUCUGCUCCUAUUCCUCAUGCUGGUGCCUCUCUACCACCACCACCACCACCACCACCACCACCGCCACCACCACCACCACCACCACCUCCUCCUCCUCCUCCUCCUCCUCCUCCUCCUCUUGAUGUGGGAGAGGCUUCAAACUUACAACCACCACCACCACUACCACCUCCACCUUAUUCCUGUGAUCCAAGUGGCAGUGAUUUGCCUCAAGAUACAAAAGUUUUGCAGUACUAUUUCAAUCUAGGAUUGCAGUGCUAUUACCACAACUACUGGCACUCCAUGGUCUAUGUGCCACAGAUGCAGCAGCAGCUUCAUGUAGAGAAUUAUCCAGUCUAUACUGAGCCACCUCUGGUAGAUCCAACCGUUCCUCAAUUCUACAGUGAGGUGAGGAGAGAAGAUGGCACACAGGCGGAAGCAUCAGCAAAUGAUACUUUAACGAAUGCUGAUCCUUCAUCUGUCCCUCAUGGAGCAGUCUAUUAUCCAGUAAUGUCAGAUCCCUAUGGGCAGCCACCUUUGCCAGGUUUUGACUCCUGCCUCCCAGUUGUGCCAGAUUAUUCCUGUGUUCCCCCCUGGCAUCCAGUUGGUACAGCAUGUGGUGGUUCUUCUCAAAUUCAUGGUGCUAUAAAUCCUGGGCCAAUUGGCUAUCUUGCUCCAUCUCCCCCAGCUUCUCACUAUGUACCUCAGGGUAUGUAAGAUCCAGCAGUAUGAAGUAUUCUUGCACUGCCAUUUUCUUGCUGUUUUUGUUUUUAGAAAGUUUUUUAUGUUAGUGGUUAAAUGAUUUAGGUGAUUAGUAUUUACUAUUGUAUUUGUCUUUAAAAUUAUUUUAUCUUUUGAUUUAAAAUAGUACUUUAAAAUAAAGGGAUAUUAUUUUGGGCUGUGACUAAGGAAAUUGAGAUGGAUGUACAACUAGCCCCAUAUUGAGCAUACUUCAUUGUAUUCAGCUGUUUUCCUGUCAGCCAUUUGUCAGCUUUAUAUUAGCUGAUGGUACCAAUUGAUAAAAUGAAUAUAAAGUAUUUCCUUGGUUCAGAAAUCACACAUCAUAUUAAACCAUGCAGAAUUGGAAUAACUUCCACUUUUUUCUAGAAAGUAAAACCAAGAGCCUUUGCUUCUGGGUAACUCACUUAAUAUUAAAUUAAAGAGCUCUUCAGGUUUCUUGAGAAUUGUCUGAAGCCAGUUGCAUUCUGUGAUAUCAGUUUUGAAGGCACAUGGUUCUCUGCUUUAGAUUUAUCCCAUACACUAUUGUUUAAUACUGGAUGUAUGUAAGUGUUUUACUGCACUGUAUUGAAUUGGUGUCUUUUGCACAGUUAGCAGUAAAUAAAAAUUAGCAUUUAAAAUUGCCAAAA